ACCCCGUGCCCGCAAGCAACGGCCAAGAUUCGCUCUCAGUCUCCCCUUCCCACUUCACCGUUUAUCUUCUUUCCCUACCUUCUAUUUUCUCUCUCACUCACUUUCUUUCUCUCUCUCUCUCUCCCUCCAAACACUUUUCUCUCACUCUAUAAACAAAACAAUUAGAAAAAGAUGUUGCUGGGGAAGCGUCCACGCCCACACAUCAGAAGAACAACAAGCAUGACUGGCAUCGCCGUCGAUCUUCCCAACAUGGAUCCUACAGAGCCGUCUGAUCAUAAUAAGAACAAUAAUAACCAGAACCACCAGAUGAUCGGAGAUCCUCCUCAUGCACUGCCGAUACCUGUGGUGGUGGAAGUACUAGAAGAAGUGACGUCUCCAAAUUAUUAUUACAAUAAUAACGACAUGAAUGGUUUAUACGACGGCGAUCACCGUUUCUUGACCACCAUGGUUUCGCCAAGAAACAACCAAAGAAGAAGCUCCGGGGAUUUCUUGGAGACUGCUCAUUUCUUAAGAACUUGUGGCCUAUGCAAACGCCGCUUGGUUCCGGGCAGAGAUAUAUAUAUGUAUAGGGGGGACACAGCUUUUUGUAGUUUAGAGUGCAGAGAAAAACAGAUGAAGCAUGAUGAGAGAAGGGAGAGGUGUAGUAGGGUUCAGAAAGAAGAUCAUCAUGUACCACCACCAUCAUCAAGCACAAAAGCUUCUGCUUCUUCUAGUAAAAAUGAGACUAUGGCUAUUGCUUGACUUUCAAGAAGAUAAUAAUUACUGGGAGAGUUAUAUAUAAUAGUUACUGAGAGACAAAUAUAUAUAUGUGUGUUUUUAUAUGUACCCAUCAACAUGUGCCCCCACAAUAUAUUACAAGAUGAGGUAUGAUGAGAAAAUAUUAUUAAUUAUUUGUAAAAUAUGUAAAAAUGAUAGUGGGUGCACUUAUCUAUGGAUGCUAAUUAAUUAAUUAAGUAAUUACUAAUGCAAAUGGCUUUUUCUGUCUCAA